GGAAUGCAUCGAAACUUGGGUCCAAUAUAAAUACGAAACAGGCUCCUCGAAGGGAAAGAGAGAGAUUAGGAAAAGUUUGGAUUUCGGUCUCUUCGCCAAGCUCUGGAUUCCUCUCUCUCCGUCCGCGACGGUGCUUGUGCCGCUUGUUUCUCAGGUUGUGCCACACUUGAAUCUAGUCGGCUCUGUCUCAUUCUGUAAGACAUGGCUGAGGUGUGCUUCUGGCCAAACCACUUCCAGUAUCGUGUUAUUUCUUUCCAAGAAGCACUCGAUUGGUGGUCUGUCGUCUGUGGCGAUUUUCUUUUGGUUUCCUUUGUGAAUUGUACUUAGCGGGUUGGUUGCUUUUAAGAUAUCAGCACAGGAGGCGUGAUGCAAAAUACUUCUGGGAUAGGUGUUGAAUUUUCAAUGCACUUGUCUAAAGCUAUGCUUUGCAAGUAAGGGUGGAAAGUUGAUACUAGAUAAGCCACUGCCUCGAAGCUGUGCAGAGUCUAUAGUUAGUUUAUUGUCUAAGUGUUUGCUCUGAUGGCUACUGGUUACUAAUGCCAUAGGAUGAUGCGAUUGAUUAGCCAGCCAAUUUCUUGUCUUGCUAUGCCAUCUUUGACUUCUUACUUUUUGUGAAGCCGUGGAUUCAGUCACAACUAAGGCUAUAUGGCCCAUCUAUCAGAAUACUAGUUUCGAGCUCUUGCAUAGUUGCAUGUUGCCACAGAAGGUUAACACGAGAAUCAGUUGGCACGGCAAGGGAGUUUGUUUACACUCCUUCAUAGUUUCUACAUCUUCUGCUGAAGAUUUAUGUUAUAUACCUUUUUUUCAGUUUUAUAAUUUGUUUCAAUAAAGAAAGAGCUUCUUGGUGUUCCACAACCAUGGAGAGGUACAAACUAAUCAAGGAAGUUGAGGAUGGAACAUUUGGGUGUGUUUGGCGGGCAAUAAAUAAGCGAUCUAGUGAAGUGGUUGCAAUUAAGAAACUGAAGAAGAAAUUUUAUUCAUGGGAGGAUUGUGUAAACCUAAGAGAAGUGAAGUCCUUGCAGAAGAUGAAUAACCCUAACAUUGUGAAGCUAAAGGAAGUCAUCCGUGAACAUGACAUAUUGUAUUUUGUCUUUGAAGACAUGGAUUGCAACCUUUACCAACUUAUGAAGGACAGAGAGAAGCCUUUUGCAGAAGCUCAACUGAGGAAAUGGUAUUCUCAAGUAUUUCAAGGGCUUGCCUAUAUGCACCAGCAAGGAUGUUUUCACCGUGACCUUAAGCCUGAGAACUUGUUGGUCACGAAAGACAUAAUCAACAAAUUGAUGUUUGCUUUUGAAGAUGUAACAACUAACAAGCAGGGGCCAGGGGUGUCCUGUCUACUCUACGAGCUCAACCCUCGUGCCUGUCUAUCUAUAAAGUAUCGUCCCUGAGACUAAACUAUAAUAAGUGGGUUGGCCUUAAAGAAUGCAUUAGACUGAUAAUGUUCUUACAGUAGACAUGAAAAAUGAAGAGUGAAAAUAAGAGGUGAUGGAGUUAUAACCACCAAUGGUGCUGGUGCAUGAUUUUCACUCUUGGAUGAAAUAACGAUUUUCUAUUAGAGUUCCAUAUGAUGUUGAGAAUGUGUUCCGAAA